AUGCCUUCCACUUCCACUCCAGUUUUCACUUCUAGCGAGAGCCAAAAACGAUGGAUAAACCAUAUGAGGGUCAACUACAUCAAGAACUAUACCGUCCGCCCCUGCGUCUUCCAUGUUCCAGACAACUUGAGGGACACCAAGCCCGAGGCUUAUACUCCUCAGCUAGUAGGGCUCGGACCAUACCACCAUUUCUGGCCACAAGUUCAGCACAUGGAAAGCCACAAACGGGCAGCUGUUUUAGAUUAUCUGGAAGGCCUUAACAAGGAAGACUUCAUCAAACUUGUCGAGGAAGGUCCCGAAGAUUUUGAACCCAAAAUUCGUUCGUGUUACGAUAGAUACCUCGACCUGGACAAGGAGACGUUGGCUUGGGUAGUCAUUGUGGAUGGCAUGUUCCUGUUGGACUUCAUUGAUCACCUGGCCCCUAAGGAGCCGAACAAGAACAACCCUGGGUCCGAGGAUGUGGAUAAGGACAGGAUUUACUCGAAGCCUGAAGCAUUGGCUGCCGAUGUAUUAAUGCUCGAGAACCAAAUUCCAAUUGUUCUGAUUCAGGAAAUGCGUACGAUUCUCCAAGAAAGUUUCGAUAUUGAUUCAGAUGCAGAGUUGCGUGGGAAAUUCGUCCGUUUUUUGUUACAAGUACUCCCCGUUAAAGCUGACUUCAGAUCCGACCUCAAGAGACCAAGCUUUUGA